AUGGAAAUGGUUAUGGCGACAGUGAAAACGCUUAGAGCAGUGAGAGCUGCAGAGUCGCUGGAGAGACAGAGGAAAGAGAAGUUGCAUGCGUUUGCUCUCUGUGGAAACGCAUCAACACAGGGGAUUCUGCGAUCUCACGACCUGGAGAUCAGAACGCUCGCCAAUGUCUCGUCUUUUGAGGUGCUGGAGGAAGAAGACGAAGCAGCCAGAACGAGAUGUGCUAGUGUUGAAACGGUGAACGAGCUCAAGGUGUAUCUCACAGUGGAUGGAGGUGAAGGUGAGAAUAUCAGAAGCAAGAUUGGAGAAAUUCAUAUUUGA